AAACUGAAAAGUGAAAUACUCGAGAGCAAAAUGAUAGAGCAAGAGUUUGAAUGUGAGUCGUGCCUGAUCUAGACGUUUCAUAUGACCUCUCUCGGAAUAAACGAUCACCUAUCCUUCAUGAUGCAGAAUCGAGAAGGUAAAACAGCGUGGGAUAGCAGUGCCUGCCUCUAUGUACCGCCAGCUGGUAGUUCAGUUCUUCCCACCAGAGCCCGUUGCCUAGCAAUCAAGGCUUUACUUGAGCUGUGCAAUCUGCCCUAUCAAUGUAAAGAGCUAGCCAAUGCAGAGUUCAUGUCACACUCCGGUCAGAUUCCUGUUUUGGUUGAAGGCAAGACAACGUCAUGUGGAUUCGAUGAGAUCGUUGCACAUUUUCACUUUCACGAGCUGCUGCCUUCGUCCGACUUGCCAGCACCGGCAAAACUCGACAUCAAGGCGUUUUCAGCGUUAGUGCAUGGCAAGCUGUUUGCUGCAGAGGUGUUCUCGGCGUGGUGUGUGCCAGGAAAUGCAAAGGUCAGCUGCUGUACGUAUGGCAAUAGUCUGCCAUUUCCUCUGAACUUUGUGCUGACUUGGCGUAAGAAGAAGCGAGCCCAGGACUUGUGCAUCGCCGUGUUUUCAUCGUGCCGUCCAGAGCAAGUAUAUGGUGAUGCUGCAGAGGUGUGCCGGACGCUGUCAUUGCGCCUUGGUAGUGCUGAAUUCUAUGGGGAUGUAAGACCAACCGAGCUGGACGCCCUGGUGUGCAGUCACCUGCAAUGUAUACUGGACAUGGAUGAGUCACUACCGGAUCGUACUCUCGUCGACUGUGUCAAGAAGCAUGGCAACCUGGUCGAGUACUGCGCGCGCAUGGCGCAACGCUGUCUCAUCGCCCAGGGACAAGACAAUGGCAGUACUGCGCAGCACGAAUCUCACUCCUAGUGUGUCAUGUGCAGUUUGUUUGAGCCCCCCUUAUAAUCUGUGCUUUGGCUGUCAUCAGACUUGGGGUAACACUCGCUGCAAACUAUCCACGCAGGCCUGCUGUUUGUCUACCGUGUUCUAUUGACCUCGUCUUCAGCUCGCCACGUCAUUCAUGAACAGUGAAAAGCUGCAGUUGAAUCAGGGCCCGGUCAGGUUCUGACAACCUGCUGCUACCCGAGGCAGUACAGAUUUCAGGAUUUGCAUUGCAAGUGACCUCGGAGGCAGCUGCUGCACUGUUAGUCUGUAGACUUCACAAGGAGGUCUUGCCCAUCGUCUGUGGAUGGCUGUGGCUGAUCGUGGCAGCACACAAGCUCAUGCCCGUCGCAUCGUGUUGCAUCUGCGGCUGUUGACUACUGUUCCGCUGCAGUUGCUACUUAUCCAGCUGUCAUGCGGUGGCAAUUUCUUUUCAUUGUCCACUGUGACGUUGGUGCCAUGUUCCAUCCAGGCUUCUUGUGCUGGCCUGAAUGAUGCUGACACAAUCAUAUGACUGGCCUCUGGUAUCCAGUUAUCCGGUGCUGUCACAUUCAGACUUUAAAUGCUGUAGAAUUACUUUAGGCUGAACCUUGAUUUGGGUUUUUUCAUGGACUAGCUCCUGCUCUGGACUACAUAACAUUGACUGUACCUGCUGCACACAAUCGUCCCAGCGCUAUCUGCCACUGACAUUAAUUUUGUCUUAUUUCUGUCCAUUCCAUUCCUCAUAUCACAUCCACCUUCUUCUUCUCCUACGGGUGUGUUGAUCAUGUCCGUGCACUCAGCUGCUAAGUUAGUGUGGUACAUGUACUGUUGCA